CUAUAUAGUCCGCUCAAGGCCACACUGCAAACACAAAGACUCUGCAAGCUGCCACCAAAGCCAUGGAGAUCUUCUCCACCAGGAUGGACUUCAGUGGGGCCUUCAGCAUUCUCCUAGCCAUGGCCAUCUCCUGCCUCCUCUUCCUCCACUUCUCCUCAAAAAGGAAGUUUGGGAGCCUCCCUCCAGGGCCCACCCCACUGCCUUUCAUCGGAAACAUGCUCCAGGUCGACAUCAAGGAGCUGAUCAAGUCUCUGAGAGAACUGAGCAAGACCUACGGGCCCAUGUACACCUUCUACCUGGGCUCUCGGCCCUGCGUGGUCCUCUCUGGCUACCAGGUGCUCAAGGAGGCUUUGAUUGACAAGGCAGAAGAGUUCAGCGGCCGAGGCGACUUCCCUGCUGUCCAGAUGUGGAGCAAAGGAAAUGGUAUCGUGUAUGGCACCGGGGAGAGGUGGAGGCAACUGCGCAGGUUUGCCAUCAGUACCUUCAAGAACUUUGGGAUGGGGAAACGGUCCAUUGAGGAGCGGAUCAAGGAGGAGGCGCAGUUCCUGGUGGCUGAGUUCCGCAAAACCGAAGGCAAGCCCUUUGACCCCACCUUCUUCCUGAGCUGUGCUGGCUCCAACAUCAUCUGCACCUUAGUUUUUGGAGACCGCUUUGAAUACACAGACAAGAAAUUCCUCAUGUUGCUCGACCUCAUCAACAGCAACUGGAAGCUCAUGAGCUCCACCUGGGGACAACUGCUCUUCACCUUCCCAGAGAUCAUGAGGCACAUCCCAGGGCCUCACCGGCAGAUCUACAAAAACUACCUGAAACUGGCAAAGUUUGUGGGUGAGCGUUUGGAGAUGAACCGGCAAACACUGGACCCCAACACCCCGCGGGAUUUCAUCGACUGCUUCCUCAUCAAAAUCCAACAGGAAAAGAACAACGCCAACACCCACUUCAACGAGGACACCAUGUCGAAGACCACCGUUAACCUCUUCUUUGCUGGGACAGAGACGGUCAGUUCAACCCUGAGAUACGGGCUCCGAAUCCUCAUGAGGCACCCUGAGGUGGAAGAGAAACUCCAUGAAGAGAUUGACCGAGUCAUUGGGGUGAACCGCAGCCCAUGCAUGGAAGACCGGAGCCGGAUGCCCUAUACCGAUGCCGUCAUCCAUGAGAUCCAGCGCUAUGCCGACAUAGUCCCCAUGGGGGUGCCCCACACUGUCACAAAAGACAUUGAGUUCCGCGGAUACAGCCUCCCCAAGGACCUCAACAUCAUCCCUUUGCUCUGCACAUCUCAAUUUGAUCCGAUGCAGUUCAAGAAUCCAAACUCCUUUGAUCCAACUCAUUUCCUGGACGAGAGCGGGCGGUUCAAGAAGAACGAUGCCUUCCUGGCUUUCUCCGCAGGCAAGCGGGUGUGCCUGGGCGAAGGCCUGGCAGUCAUGGAGCUCUUCAUCUUCCUCACCACCAUCCUGCAGAACUUCAAGCUGAAGGCCCUGAUGAAGCCUGAGGACAUUGACAUCACCCCGGAGUCAACUGGGCUGGGGAGCAUCCCCCGCCCUUAUCAGUUCUGCCUCAUCCCCCGAUAAAAGACCCUCCUCUGGCCAGGACCGGCCGCCAGAGAUCGGACUUUGCUUCUUCUGGAGAUGCUUUCACUCUCAGGCUUGGAAGCUCAUCCUGUAAGCCCCUGUCUCCCAACCCCCAUCCCUCUUGUGUUGCAUAUUCAGCUGUCCUCCAUGAUCUCAGUGCUUGGCCUGGCCUCUCUCUCUCUCUCUGACAACACUCCCACCGUUGCCUUUCAUGAGUUCAGCACUCAGGCCGACAACCUCGGGCCCUCCUCACCCAUCCAUCCACCUCUGACCUUCUCUCCUUGAACUCUUCCUUUGGCAUGUGAAUCUGGAGCCACAUUGCUGCUGCCUUCCAGGGCCAACCUUGACCCUCUUCAGCCUGGCUCAACACAAACCCUGGCCCCUUUGUGGUCCACACUGAAACUGCCUGUCUAUAAACUCGUGGCUCUUGCCAUCAGAGUUCUCAGCCCCCGACCCUGCCCACUCUCCCUUGCUGCCCCCUACAUGUGGAACUCUUCUCCUAGGAAUGUAUGCAUUGUGACUUGGUGCCAACCCUCUCCCCACCUUCAAAAGCUUCCUCAAAACCCCCUUUUUCUUGUCUUGCUCUCUUCAUCUUCUUCACCAACUGCAUGACACGUUUUAAGCACAUGCAAAGGUACCUGGUCACUUUUCUCUCUCCUUCCCUUCCCUCUGUGGUUUCAUCCAUUGUUCAUUUUAGAUUGUGAGCUCCUGGGGGCAGGGACUUGUCUCUUCUCAACAACAAAGCUCUGCAAAGGUGCCGGGGACAUUGUAAAUCAUUCACAGCAUUGCUCACACAAGACACAUCAAGCAACUUCACCCUGGCCUGGGUGCUUAAAAGGCUUCUGUCUCUGUUAGCUUUGGGUCAAGCUAUAUUAUUUGGGGCCUCUGGGCAUAGCAAGAUGAGCUCCAUAGAAUCUCAGAGUCCAAAGGUGGGUGGAAGGGCUUGAAAGCCAUCCAGUCUAACCCCAGGUUCAAUGAAGGAAUGUUGGCUGCUGCAGCAUGCCCAAGAAGUGGCUGUCAUCCAAAUGAUGGCCCCUCCCCCCCCUCUGAAGGUGAGUGGGGCUGGCGGAGGGGGGACAGGAGAAGGAUUUGGGGCAAGUUCCAUUCUUCCCACCACUGCAUCAGUUCCUUGCCAUCACAAGCUGCACCUGCCCAAUUUAUUUAGUUGUAUUUUUAGGCUGCUUUCCCAACUAAAGAUUUCCAAAGUGACUUAAUAAAAUAAAAACCAGGCAAAA